AUGAAAUACUUAGCUGCUUACCUCUUAGCUUCCUUAUCAGGCAAUGCCAACGCUGCCUCAGUCACCAAGAUUUUACAAUCUGUUGGUGUUGAAGUUGAUGCUGCUCGUGUCGAAUCUGUCUGCAAAGAAUUAGACGGUAAAGACGUCCAAGCCUUAAUUGCCGCCGGUAAAUCUAAAGUUGGUUCAGUUGCCGCUGCCGCCGCCCCAGCUGCUGCCACCUCUGCUGCCCCAGCUGCUGCUGCCGCUGCCCCAGCCAAAAAAGUUGUUGAAGAGAAAAAAGAAGAAUCAGACGACGAUAUGGGUAUGGGUUUAUUCGACUAA